UUUAAUUAAAACGAAACAUGGGGACCAAAGUGAACAACUUGAAAGUUGUUUUCUUAAAAUGUCUAAGUGUUUUAUAUAAUUAGAUAAGUUUAAAAGUAUCAAGAAAGUUUAUAAAACUUGGAAAAGGGUUAUUAGGUGACAACAAUAGAUAGCAUGGGGGUUGAAUGUGUAAGAUUGAUAAAUAACAUAAUAAAAUUAAAAACCCAGUAGUUGGGUGCGUGGUGGGUAUCGCGACCAGGAGGGGGAAAGAAAGGGUGAAACCCUACUUGUUCAAUCAAGGUCAAAAUUCAGCAAAUUAAUGGUGGUUCUUGACACAAAUCGAAUGCAUGAGACUGGGUACAACUUAAUCUAAGUAUAUUGAUCAUAAGAAUAGGAAUCACAUUAGCAAGGACUCGAAAACGGAAGGUUAACGGGUCAAGCAGAGGCGAGGAAACAAGCGUGAACACUAACGCUCGAGGUAAGUGACUUUCGAUUCACUUCUUAGUAUACAUAUAGAGUUUUCUUGUUACGGUUGAAUGGGAUGAUUGAUGUAUAUAAAAUGGCCGACAAGUAGGUAUGUAUGAAUGCAUUUAGGAAAAUUACGUAAGUACAUGCACGUGUGAGCUAAGGUAUGCACGGGUGUAGUUAUGAUUCAUUUUAUGAAUGUAUGUAAGUAUGGAGUUAUGUAUGCAUGUAUGUAUAUAUGUAGGUAUUGGUGUAUGUAUGUACGUAAGUAGUUAUGUAUGAGCAUGAGCAUUAUGUAUUUGAAUAUGAAAGUACAUACGUGUGUAGGUACGAACGUAUAUAUAUAUAUGUGGAUGCAAGUAAGUAUGUAUGUAUGUAUGUGAGUAGGUAUGUGUGUAUGUAGUUAUGUAUGUAUGUAUGUAAAUACAUAUGCGAAGAUGUAAUCAUGUAUGUAUGUAAUUAGAUGCGUGGGUAUGCAAGUAAAGGUAUGUAUGUAUGUAGAUGUGUAUUAUGCGUAUGCGAAGAUACGUAGGUAUAUAUGAAUGUAUGUAGAGAAGUAGUAAUGCAUGCGCGAAUGUAGAUAUGGGGUUGGUAUAGAAGAAGGUACGUAUGAGUAUAUGCAGGUAUGUAGAAAUAUAGGAGGACAUGUACGUAUGUAGACGCAUAUGUAUACAUGUAAACAUGUACAUGUGCAUGAUUUAGAUACGUAGAAUUUUAACGUUACUAAUUAUGCGUUUGAGGUUGGUAUGUGAUGCAGGAACAAGUACACCGGAUUCUUACGAAACUUAAACCGAACCCGGAAUAAGAGGAUGAGAAAGAAUAAUUGGAUGAAUUAAUGUUAAAUUGACGAACGUUAUUCAAUCUUUAAUUACAUGAGAUUAAUGUUAUAUGAUGUUGCCUUUGACUAAUGGUUAAGUUGUAUGUGAUGCCCACAGGUGUUACACGGAUUUCUUCUGCUGCUAUGGAAGUGAAGCGGACGUAGAUCGAGUCAAGAGCAAGGAUUGUACGGAUAGAUUGGUCACAUAGUUGAAGUAUAUAACGUUUGGAAAUCUAAAUUUUAGUAUGAAUGUUGUAAAAUUCUCUUAUAGUACGUUUAACAUUUUUAGCAUUUGGAUCCUUCGUGAAAGAAAUGUUGUUAAUACGGAAGAAAAUUUUAAAGCUCUUUUUCCGCUGCGUUAUUUUUAAGGUUAAACGUGUUAGGGUGUAACAAGUUGGUAUCAGAGCCCUGGUUUGAGAGAAUCAAGUACAAGAGGAUAGGUACUUGAACUCGAACCUGUGUGCUCUUAUGACAAGAAACCCGUACAAUCCGAGACUCGACCAAGAUCUAAAGGUAGAAGCAAAGGUAAGUAUGUGCUUAAGUAUGUAUUGGAAGAUAACUAACUAUAUGUUAUGUGUAAGGUAAGCAUGGUUGCUUGGAAAGAAUGAUUUGUGGAUGCGGUCUAGCACCGACGCCAAGGCCAUGUUCAUUUGAACAAGGCAUUAUUGAAAGGAUGCGCAUAGGCGAGUGCUCAACAAAUCAAUGGAAGCAAUCAAUGAAAGCAUUACAUGAACCCAUGAAGAAACGGGCCGACUCGGGCCACAAACCGCUGGCAUACACGACGAAGUCAAGAAUAGGAAUCACAUUAGCAAGGACUCGAAAACGGAAGGUUAACGGGUCAAGCAGAGGCGAGGAAACAAGCGUGAACACUAACGCUCGAGGAACAAGUACACCGGAUUCUUACGAAACUUAAACCGAACCCGGAAUAAGAGGAUGAGAAAGAAUAAUUGGAUGAAUUAAUGUUAAAUUGACGAACGUUAUUCAAUCUUUAAUUACAUGAGAUUAAUGUUAUAUGAUGUUGCCUUUGACUAAUGGUUAAGUUGUAUGUGAUGCCCACAGGUGUUACACGGAUUUCUUCUGCUGCUAUGGAAGUGAAGCGGACGUAGAUCGAGUCAAGAGCAAGGAUUGUACGGAUAGAUUGGUCACAUAGUUGAAGUAUAUAACGUUUGGAAAUCUAAAUUUUAGUAUGAAUGUUGUAAAA